AUGACAAACAUUGCUUAUGAAGAUGAGGAUUUCAUCCCAGGAACAGUUAAUAUAUUUGCUUCCAAAUAUGACACAGAGGUUGGUGAGUCAAGCACUAGGCAUGAGUUGAAAAAGGACAAGAGUGGGGUCAUUUUGCUCCCACAACCUUCUGAUUCUCCAAACGACCCUCUCAACUGGUCCUCUUUCAGAAAGGGCUGGCACUUAUUCUUGGUUUGUUUUAUCACUGCACUCACAGCCGCUACCUCUAACGAUGCUGCUUCGGCAGAAGAUGCUAUGAAUGAAAUAUAUGGGAUUUCAUAUGACUCUUUCAACACAGGUGCAGGGAUUUUGUUUAUAUUUAUUGGUUGGUCCUGUAUUUUCUUUGCGCCAGCUUCAUCAUUAUAUGGUAGACGUAUCACCUACAUCAUCUGUUUGCUUGCUGGUUGUUUAGGUUGCGUCUGGUUUGGUGUCACUAAGAAAACUUCAGACUCCUUAUUCUCACAAAUUUUUGUUGGGAUGAGUGAACUGUGUACUGAAGCUCAAGUUCAGCAGAGUAUCAGUGAUGUUUUCUUCCAGCAUCAAUUAGGUUCCACUUUGACCCUUUAUAUCUUAUCUAUUUCCAUAGGUACUUUCUUGGGUCCUAUAAUAGCCAAUUACAUUGGUGAGGGUUUAAACUUUAGGUGGAUUGGUUACUGGGGUGCUAUCAUUUGCGGUGGUACUUUAAUCGUCGUGCUCUUUGCUUGCGAAGAAACUGUAUUCGACAGAACCAGAUACAUUCCGAUCAUUCAAGGGGAAGCAAAUCUGUCUUCAGACAAACACCGUGUCCAGAGUGAGGAUAAAAAGGACAGUCAGGAGUUGGAAGUAAUUGAUGAAAAAAACGGAUCUGAUACCUAUACAAGUGACAACAAAAUUAAGCAGAUCAGCUCGCCUAGAUUGAUGGCAAUGACUUCGGCAAAUCCUGAAACCGCAGCACAAGAAUUGGGUCACACUGCCACAGAGGACAAAUGGUCUUACUGGAAGCGUAUAGCCAUAAUCACCCCAUCUUCAUACCUUAAAGGAACUGGAUUCAAGCAAUAUAUUUAUAGAUUCGUGAUUUAUUUCAAGGUAUUCACUAUCCCAGCUGUAUGGUUCAGUGGAUUGCUUUGGGGGUUACAGGAUGCAUAUUUGUCCUUUUACCUUACUACUCAAGAUGAUUAUUUCUCUGAGGAUCCAUGGGACUACUCCGAAAACGGUGUGGCCAUCAUGAACGUUCCUACCUUAAUUGGUUCCAUCAUUGGUUGUAUAGUUUCGGGUUAUCUCUCAGAUUACCACAUUCUUUGGUUAGCAAAGAGAAACAACAAUGUAUAUGAGCCAGAGAUGAGAUUGUGGCUUAUGUGCAUCUCCUGGAUCCUCUCACCAGUUGGUUUGAUCAUGUUCGGUGUUGGAGCAGCAAGACAGUGGCCCUGGCAAGUAAUCUAUGUUGGCUUAGGAUUUAUUGGCUACGGUUGGGGUUCUGUCGGAGACACCGCCAUGUCGUACCUUAUGGAUUCAUACCCUGAGAUCGUUAUCCAAGGUAUGGUAGGGGUUUCUAUCAUUAACAAUACUUUGGCCUGUAUAUUCACAUUCACUUGUAGUCAAUGGCUUGAAGCUUCAGGAACCCAAAACACUUACAUUGCAUUAGCAGUAAUCGACUUUGUCACCAUCGGCUUGGCAUUACCAAUGUACUAUUAUGGUAAACCUUGCCGUAAGUGGACUAAAAAAUUAUACAUAAACUUGGUCGAGUUAUCACAAGGUACUUGA